AUGUGUGGAGUACAGGCGUACACAGUGCUGCUGAUGGCGGUGAGCUCGACGCUGGGGGCUGACCUGGCCCGGCGGCGCAUCAGUCUGGGGAAGCGGCAGACGACGCUGCUGCCGGGUCUGGCCGACAACCCAGCGCUGGGCCGACUCAACCUGCGCUUCUGCGGCAGCGGCUCCGAGACAGAGACCAGCCGUGGCCCGCUUGGAUGCGGCUUCCCCAUCGUGGGCGACCACCCGUGGCUGGUGGCGCUCGGCUUCACAGGACCCGACGGCCGCGUCAUCUUCUCGUGCUCAGGCGCGCUCAUCAGCGACCAGCACGUAGUCACGUCGGCCCGCUGCGCGCUCAGUGCUCGAGGCUACAAGCUCAGCACGGCUAGACUGGGCGAGUACGACUUCAGAAACCGGCCAGACUGUGUCUGGUACGACAAGACGGUGUGUACCGAGGCCACGGACGUGGCUGUCCACUCGGCCACCGUGCAGCCCGACUUUGUCAAGCAGGGCCGGAAUGCGAGUCGCUUCGACGUGGCGCUGGUACAGCUGUCGCAGCCGGUGACGCUGGGCCACGGCCGCAGUAAUACCACGCACGUGAUGGACGAAGAGAAGCUAGCCGUGUACAACACCAGCUACGACGGCCCGGGGCCAUGCCAGUACCGGCUGCUGUCGGAGUCGAACGGCGAGCCAAACCGCUGCCUAGGCUCUGGCACGCCGUGCGUGGCCGACCUGGGCGCGCCCCUCGUGGCCCGCGACAUGUUCGGCACGGCCUACUUCCUGAUGGGUGUGACCAGCAUGCGACCAGCACAGAAGAAGUGUCACCGGCCGGGAGCGUCGGUGUCAUCCGCACCCGUGCGGCCGCACGUCCGCUGGAUCCUGGACAGCCUGGCCCUGCUGGCCUCUAUUUGA